AUGAGUAGUACUAUAUUUUACCGUUGGAAAUCACAGCGUGAACCAUCAAGAAUAUUAUUUGAUGGAACAGGUUUAACAGUAUUUGACCUUAAAAGAGAAAUAAUUCAAGAGAAUAAACUCGGUGAUGGUAUAGAUUUUCAAUUAAGAUUAUACAAUCCAGAUACUGAUGAAGAAUAUGAUGAAGAUCAAACAGUCAUUGCUAGAUCAAGCAGUGUCAUCGCUAGAAGAUCACCUGCUAUAUCGAAAAUUAGCAUGGGUAAUGGAAGUAGUAGUAAUCGAACACCCCACAAGAUGAUUGGUAAUGCAGCAAGAUAUGUUACCGGUAGACCUCGUGUAUUUAAUACAAUGUCGAAACGUCCUGGACCCGGUAUGGCCACCUCGAUGAAUAAUACAGGCGGUGGUGGUGCACCAAAUGGAAUCAGUGAAGAAGAUCGAAUAGCCAAUAUGUUUGCCAACCAAGAGAAUCAAUGGGAACAAACACAACAAGAGAUGUCGACGGCGACACCUAUAUUUUUCAAGAAUAAUAGCAGUGCGACGAAUAAUGCGGAUGAUGGACCACCACCACCUGGGUAUAUGUGUUAUAGAUGUGGAUCAAGGGACCAUUGGAUUAAGAAUUGUCCAACAAAUACAGAUCCAAAUUUUGAAGGUAAAAGAAUUAGACGUACAACAGGUAUCCCAAAGAAAUUUUUAAAAAGCAUUGAAAUUGAUCCUGAAUCCAUAACACCUGAAGAAAUGGCACAAAGAAAGAUUAUGGUAACGGAUGAAGGUAAAUUUGUGGUUCAAGUUGCAGAUGAACAUUCAUGGGAAGAUUAUCAAAGAAAACAGCAACUUCGAACAAUGGAUUCCAAGGAAGCAAUUUGGGGUAAAAAUUAUUUUAAGGAUUUACCUGAAGACUUAAAAUGUCCAAUAACUGGUGGAUUGAUUAAAGAUCCAGUUAAGACAUCAAAAUGUUGUAAUAAAAUUGUAUCGAGGGUAGCCAUGGAAGAUUCAUUGUUAGAAAAUGAUUUUACAUGUGCAUUAUGUAAUACGGAUGAUAUUUUGUUAGAUUCAUUAAUUAAAGAUGAAGAGACCCAAGAGAAGGUAAAUGAGUUUAUAGAGAAAUCUAAGACUCAGGAUAACAACAAUAAUAACGAUGUUACUAAUAAUGAUACACAUAUAGAUAAGAAAUUAAAACCAAUGCCUCCACCACCAAUGAUGCCAUUCCCUAUGUUCCCACCAUUCAUGCCACCUGGUGGGCCAUUACCAAAGUAA